CAGCGGCGCAGGGUCGGAGACCAGCCUGCUGAUAGGGUCGCACUCUUCCCUGGCAGCGCUUGGAGGCUGCCGGCUACACUGAUGUGACCCCCCCCUUUGGAACGAUGGGGAUCUUUUUGGCGUAUGUUGGAUUUGUUUUCUUUUCCGUGUUAUAUGUGCAACAAGGGCUUUCUUCUCAAGCAAAAUUUACCGAGUUUCCGCGGAACGUGACGGCGACCGAGGGGCAGAAUGUGGAGAUGUCCUGCGCUUUCCAGAGCGGCUCCGCCUCGGUGUACCUGGAGAUCCAGUGGUGGUUCCUGCGGGGCCCGGAGGACCCGGAGCCCGGGCCCGCGGUGGCGGGCGCGCAGGUAGCCGAGGCGCGAGCCCGCAAAGGCACAGUGAAAGUCCAGGGCAAUGACAUCUCCCACAAGCUUCAGAUUUCCAAAGUGAGGAAAAAGGAUGAAGGCUUGUACGAGUGCAGGGUGACCGAUGCCAAUUACGGGGAGCUUCAGGAGCACAAGGCCCAGGCCUACCUGAAGGUCAAUGCCAACAGCCACGCGCGCAGGAUGCAGGCCUUCGAAGCCUCGCCCAUGUGGCUGCAGGACGCGAAGCCUCGCAAGAACGCCGCCGCCGCGGCCCCCAGCAGCACGCACAGCUCCGCCGCGCAGCGAGCGCGCGCCACCUCCAGCCCGCGCGCCGCAGCCGAAAUCCCCGAGCAGAGCCCACAAUCAGGUGCGAGGAUAGCUACAAGCCAUGGACUUUCUGUCCUGCUUCUUGUUUGUGGCUUUGUGAAGGGUGCUUUGCUUUAAUCUAAAGUGCUGACUUUUUUCCAAUAUCACUUUCUCUUCUUAAAGCAAAGAGCAAAUCGCCUGUAAAAUCUACGGAGCGGACAGCAAAGUUGACCCUAAACUCCAAGCACCACCCUGCACCCACUGUACUCUAAUUAACUACACAAGGAGCACCUGCUUCCGGAGGCAUAAACGAAGAGGCUGUCACACGCUUUGUUGAUAAUAUUUUCUUUGGCAAAUCACUGAUCUUUUAUUUCAAGAGAAUUAGUGUGGAGUGAUAGGACAUUUUCUAACAGCAAGAUCUAUUUUUUUCCUUUUCUUUCGGCGACUAAAAUCAUCAUCUCACUGACUGCUCAGGGGUUGGCCUGAACGUCCCUCGGUAUAGUAAAUAUUUACUAUGGAUACCACCGGUUUCCCACUAAACAACCCUAUUAUCUACAGGCAGCGAACAGAGAUCAAAUGGCAACAGAACGUAAACUACCAUCAAACAAAACCCCCUUUUGGGGGCAAUAACAAAAUUAUUGACAUUGCAAGUCAACAAGGAAGACAUUAUUUUAAAUAAGGAAUAACGAAAGGAAGAAUUUUUUUUAUUUUCCCCUUUUUUCUUGGAUUUUUCUUCUUUCUCUUGAUUACAGUUCUUGUUCAAUGGUGGCAAGUGCUGAUUAUGGCCAAUCCCUGUCAAUUCUGGGAGGUUUAUAUAAAUACAUUUUGAGUGUUCUAUAUUUCAGUGUAUUUUAAUUCAUUUCACAAUUCCUGUAUAUGCAAACCUGACAAAUUCUGUAAAUUGCUUAGAAUAUGUGUGCUAUAACUUCAAAGUAGAUGUACUAUGACCCUCAUGCAAGCUGAUUUUUAUCAUUAUAUAUAUAAAUAUAUACUUACGAAUA